UAUAUACGUUAUAUUACACUGUGACAGAUUUCGCAAUUUAUUCUUACCUGCAAAAUGCUACGUUUGACAGUGAACGUAAUUAUUUCCUGUGGUCUUCUUAUUGGCAUAAGAGGGCAGCAAAUGUUGGGCGCAGGCAAGUGGACGGUGUUGAGCACGCAGCAGUGUCUGAAGGAUGCAGAGAUGCCGUGGACCCUGCGUGUGCGCCGACACAAGUUCAAUCGCACGCACGACGCGUUUGACGUUGACCUCGAUUUGGAGGACGACCUUGAUAACUCUUGUGCCAUACGUUUAGAUAUUUGCAAGGUGGUGGACGGAGGAUGCAAACCCUACAUGGUCAUGGCUGAUGAUUGCUUGCCCAAUUUUGUGAAAAAACACGCAGAAGAAAAUGUCAAGUUGGUCCUCGGAAGCGCCGGGAUGGAUCCGCCAGAUUUUCCUAUUCAAAAAGGCUCGUUACAUUUAAAAGAUUACGUCAUUAACAUGGAAGAUAUGGAGAAGGAAGGUGUAUACGGCACGUUCGAGGUGGAAGCUUUCGUAAUAAAGGGCGGGAAAGAACAGACCUGCGCGAAAAUCGUCGUUAAAUAUGAACCGAAAGACGACUAUGGGUCGAUGGGACGUUAUGCAUAAAAUC